AUGGCAGCCAACGCCAUGUGGGAGGUUGAUCCCGAGACGAGGAGCAAGCUCGUCACGAUCCAAUCCGAACCCGGCAACUCCCUCUGCUGCGACUGCGGCGCCCCGUCUCCCCAAUGGGCAUCCCCCAAGUUUGGAAUCUUUAUUUGCUUGUCUUGCGCCGGAGUUCACCGCGGACUGGGUGUUCACAUCUCUUUUGUGCGAUCAAUCAGCAUGGACGCGUUCAAGCAAGCCGAAAUCGAGAGGAUGAGACUGGGAGGGAACGAGAACUGGAAGAAGUUCUUUGAGGAGCACGAGACAAACAAGAUGAUGGGGGUGAGCUGGGAGGGUGCGACGAUUGCGGAACGAUAUUCAGGGGAGGUGGGUGAAGAGUGGAAGGAGAGGUUGAGCUGUAAAGUUGAGGGGAGGGAGUAUGUUCCCGGGCAGAAGAAGGAGACACCGGUGGCCAAGAGCUCACCGGCGCCGGCGGCACCGUUGGGAGGGAGUAGGACGGGGAGUCCAGCGAAUGCUGCGCAGGGCGGGGGGAAGAUCAAGGUGGAUGUGGAUUACUUUGCUAAGCUGGGGGAGAGGAAUGCGGGUAGGUCGGCAGAUUUGCCCCCGAGUCAGGGGGGGAAGUAUCAAGGGUUUGGCAGCUCGGGGACAUCGAUGCCGCAGAGGAGUAAUCAGCAGCAGGCCGGGUUGCCGGGGCUGGAUGAUUUGCAGAAGGAUCCGGUGGCGGCGUUGAGUAAGGGGUUUGGGUGGUUUACGAGCUCGGUUGCGAAGACGGCGAAGACGGUGAAUGAGGGGUUUAUUCAGCCUACUGCUAAGCAGAUUGCCGAGUCAGAUUUUGCCGCGCAAGCUCGUGUUGCUGCUGCCAAUGCGGCCAAGGCUGCUCAGGCUGGCACAAAGACUGCUUCUGAAGGGUUCACAAGAUUUGUGGAGGGACCUUCAGGUAGUGGGUAUAAGCCUGUGAGGAGCGAGAACUUUGAUGAGAGCAAGAGGGCGUUCUGGGAUGAUUUCGCAUCGGCGGCGGACAACAGGAAGACGAGCGGGAACUCCAUUGGGACUUCGGCGCUGGGUGGGAACAAGCCUUCUUCCUCCGCGCCUCCGAAGCAGAAUAAUAAGGACGAGUGGGAGGAUUGGUAG